CAAUAUUUAUUGAGUUAAGUUUCUGGUGCUGCAAUUGUUUUGGUCCAAUUAUCGCUCUUCUGAUUCAAAUAAAUUUUAAUUUAAAAUGAAGGUAGAAAUAGAUGCAAUAACAAAAUCAACUUUUCAAAAAUGUGGAGAAAUCAAAACAUCACCGGCACUAAAUGAUGAUUUUUAUUUAAUGUGCGGAUUCUGCGAAAAUAUAUAUUUGCAAUUGAACACCUUUGUGUCUCACAUAAACAUCAAACAUAAACAUUUACUUAAAAAGGGUAACUCUUUUCACCAAUCAAAUGAAACCGGAGAUCCUUUGGAAACGAAUACAACCGUUGACGAUAUCAGGGAAGAAAGUGAAGAAUUCGUUGAAUUACAAACUAAGUGGAGCUCUGUUAAUGAAGGAAGCGAAAAAGAUGUGGAAUUUGUUGACAAUCGUGGUGAUGUGGACGAGGUGUGCGAUAAAGCCUUCACGUUAGCACUCAUUGCAGAAUAUGAGAGCCAUCGAUUGUUAUGGGAUCUUGAAGAUCCACAAGCGAGGAAUCGGAAACAGCGCGAAGAAGCUUAUAAAGAAAUUACUACCAAUGUAAACAGAGUUUGUCACACAAAUUUGAAUUGGAAAACCACAAUUGGACAUAUACGGAAAAUACGCUGUAAAUUUCGCAGUGAGAUGCUUAAUGAAAAGUUAACUGAAUCCAAAAGAAAAAAAUAUGAGCGCCCUUGGUAUUAUGACCAGUUAUCAUUCCUGCACGCUGCAAUCAAAUACAAUAACCGGAGAAAAAGGGGAGCCAAAGUUCUUGAUAAUGAAAAACCGGCGCUACCAUUUACUGAUCUAACGGAUACACAGAAUUUAGAUAUAAUAAAUAUUUAUAAAGAUUUUCCAUGCCUUUGGGAUGCACAGCAUAUUGGAUAUAGAUUUAAGAAUCGACGACAGGAAGCAAUUACUAACAUGCAAGCCGCUAUCACAGCAAAUACUGGUUUAAGUUUUACAAAGGAUGAAUUACAGAAAAGAAUUUAUCAGAUACGCUACGCCUGCACGCAAGAAAAACAUCGUAAAUUACAAUGCAAUCGUUUUAAAAAGCCGUUUCAACCUAAUUGUAAGUACUAUAAUGAAAUUAGCUUCUUGGAAGAUAAUGUAGGACCAUUUAAGUGCUCUGAGUGCGAAGAAAUAUUAAAUGGUAUUGACCGAUACCGGAUACAUAUGUCUUCGCAUAAUGGUUCCAUGCCGUUCAAGUGUCAUUUGUGUGAUCGCGGAUUUAUGAAGGUGGGUAAUUGUACGGUCCACAUGCGACGUCAUACUCGUGAAUACGAGUUUGAAUGUAAAGUUUGUAAAAAAAAAUUUGCUACAUCCACCGACUUGAAUGUUCAUAUGCGUAAUCAUACAGGAGAGAAACCAUACUUUUGCGAUGUGUGUGGUCAGUCUUUCCGGACAUGGACUAUUUUCGACACACAUAUGCGUCGUCACCAAAAAAGGCCAAACUAUAAGUGCAAUAUAUGUUUAAAGUCUUUUUAUGAAAACGGGAAAUUAAAUGAACACAUGAAAGCUCAUCUGAAUGUGCGAGAUAAAAUAUGUAAUGUUUGUGGAAAAGCGUUCACUGCAGCUAAGUAUCUGCUGCAACAUAAACAAAUUCAUGCGGAGAAAAAGAAAUACAUUUGCAAGAUAUGUGGAAAAAACUUUGCUCAGUACGCCGGCCUCAGUGGUCAUAUGAAAUCUCAUGGCACAACCCUAAUAAAUACAAAUGGUAGUGGGUCAUCGGAAUAAAAUGUUUAAUGACAAUUACAGCACUCAAUAGUAAUAAUACAAUAAUUGAUGUUAUCAAUUAAUACUACAGGGUAGAACUCUAAACUAAUGAUGGUGAUUUGCUUAGCGCAUUUUGGCACAAAUGUAACAGUUGAAAUAAAGCGAAACAUAACUAAUUGCAAAAGCAAAAAUGAAUAUAAAACGUUUUUCACGAUGUGCAAAACUGAUGCUUAAAGCUGAUAUUAAUGGUGCCGUAGCCAUUACAUAGCCGCAACAUUAUUGCAUUUGUCGAUUAGUCAUGCCGUAACCAUAAACAGUUGGAAUUCAAGUAGAAUUAAUUACACGGGUAUUUGUCCACUAAAUCAAUUCAUUUUUUGCCGUUCAUUUCUAAUUUUCAAAUUUUUAUUGCAAACAAAUGUAGAGUACUUCAAACCUGCUUACGGUUACAGGGAAAACCUCAAAUUCAAUAGAUACAUAUGGUUACGGUUAUGGCGUUAUGGUGCAGCACUUAUAUCGUUUACAGAGAUGCCCAUAAAUUUGAUCAAAACAGCUGAUUGCUAUAGCUACGGCAUGGCACCACUAAUUGCAGCAUUGCACCACACAACGCAGAACCGACUGUCAUGGGAACACGUUAACAAUCAAGUAUUAUGUUUUCCACAUUUCUAAGACAAAUUGAUCGGAUCUUUAGUUCUCAGUUAAUUUAUUUGAAUACGUCAAACGUAGGUUAAAUCAAACUUGAUGUUAAUAUGUAAGUAAGACCUAUAUGUGUAUAUGGUACGUGAAUAUUUUAUAAUAAAAGUGUGCAAAAAGUUAGUAAUCUAUGGAA